AUGCUGCCGGGGCUCGGGGGCUUCGUCUUGGGCUUCGUCUGCCUGGGCUGGGGCUUGGCCUCCGCUGCGGGAGAAGGGCCGGGCCAUGCCCCCGGCCCGUCCCCGGCCCCGGGCGGGGCUGCCCCGGCCCCGGCCCCGUCCCCGGGCGUCCCGCCGCGGCCUCGCCUCCGCCCGGCUCUGGCCGUACUGGCGGCGGCGCUGCUGGCCGGGCAUCAGCGCCUGGGGCCGGGGCGGCAUCGCCGCCCUUUGGCUGCGCCUGUGCCCAGCCCGGCCCCGGCCCCGAGCCCGGCCCGAAUCACGGCCCCCGGCGCCUCCCGGGCCCCGCGGAGGGACACACGCGGCGCGGCCGCUCCCGCCGCCUCCGCUGCGGCUUCCCCGGCCCGAGCUCCGCCGCUCGGCAGCGCGGCCGCCGGCCCCGAGCCGCCGGGGCCCGGGGCGCUCGGGGGGCACUCGGGGGCCGUGUCUGGCCCCGGGCCGAGCGCUGACGGCCGCGUGUGGCCCGCAGGGAAGGCGCAGGAGGCCCUGCAGGAGCGCUACCGCCUGGGUUCGCUGCUGGGGCGCGGAGGCUUCGGCAGCGUCUGCUCGGGGACGCGGCUCUCGGACGGCGCCCCGCCCGCUGCUGCCCUUUGCUCGCAGGUGGCCAUCAAAUGCGUGCCGCGGGAUCGCAUCCAGCACUGGGGCGAGCUGCCCGACGGCGCCCGUGCGCCCCUGGAAGUCGUGCUGCUGCACAAGGUGUCCUCUGGAUGCGCUGGUGUCAUUCAGCUCCUGGAGUGGGUUGAGCUCCCCGACAGCUUCUUGUUGGUGCUGGAGCGUCCAGAGCGGAGCCAGGACCUCUCGGGUUUCCUGGCGGAGCGGAGGUUCCUGCCGGAGGAGGAGGCGCGGGGGCUGUUCCGCCAGGUGCUGGAGGCCGUGCGGCACUGCACCAGCUGCGGGGUCCUGCACCGCGACAUCAAGCCCGAGAACAUCCUGCUCGACCUGGCCACCGGGCAGCUCAAACUCAUCGACUUUGGCUGUGGCGCCUUCCUCCAAGACACAGCCUACACCCAGUUUGCAGGAACCCUGGCCUACAGCCCACCAGAGUGGAUCCACCACCAAUGCUACCACGGCGAGGCAGCCACGAUCUGGUCCCUGGGCCUCCUGCUGUACCACCUGGUGAUGGGGAAGCACCCGUUCAGGAGGGGCCAGCAGAUCAUCUGGGGGCGGAUCUUGUUCCCACGAUGGCUCUCUCAAGGGAAGGAGGAGCCCCUGGAGAAGCUCUCUCAGGUGGGGCUGCUGCUGGAGACACCAAGGACAACCUCAAGGAUGACAAUCUCUUGCUCGACCUGGCCACCGGCAGCUGAAGAUGAUUGA